AUGACCACCCAUCUACAACACCCACCAUAUUCUCACCAUCACACCUCUUACAACCCCUACCACCCCUACACUAUCCCCAACCACGCCAACACCCACACCCACACCCAAACCAAGAAACAACGCUCACGUCCAAACCGACGCCAACGCCAACACCCCACCCCUUCUUCUUCAUCCUCAUCCAAAAGCAGCAACAGCAACCGCUGCUUCACCUGGCUCCUCCUCCCCCGACAAAGCAACACACACAUCGCCAAAAACCGCUCUUCAUUCAGCAGCUACCGGCGAGCACCAUGCAAGAUCGCGAACCAGCGGGUGCUAGGCGUAGGAACAGUGCAGCUCCGGGUGCAACGGGCACCGGACGAUUCGCGCACGAAUACCCUUGUGCUGCAUGACGUGCUGCAUAUGCCAAAUGCCAGGUGUAAUGGGAUUAGUGUGGCGAAGUAUACGGGGGAGAGUGAGGAGGAGACGGCGUCGGAGGGGGGCAGUAGUGCUGGGGAGAGGGCGGUUGUGGAAGAGGUUGAGAAUGGGGGUGUUGUGAAGGUGAAGAGUGAGAGGGAGGAUGGGGAGGGGUUGUGGUUUGCGAGGGGGAGGAAUUUGAAUAAUGAAGGUGAAGAUGGGGAUGGGGAUGAUGGGUUGAGGGUUGUGUUGGCGGGGGAGAGGAGGGAUGAUGCUGGUGCUGCUGGGGAGGGUGCUGCUCGUGGUAAAGGGAUCAUGGGAGUGGUUGCGUCGAAGGAGGAGUUGGAAAUGUUGAAUGAAAGGGUUAGGAAUCGGUCGUGGGUAUAA